AUGGGAGACACGGCGAUUCCCUCUGGAGAGGCGCAGCCUCAGUCGGCGAAAAAGGUGUUCUUCUUUGAUAUUGACAACUGUCUUUACCCAAAGAGUGCCAAGGUACAUGACCGCAUGGCCCAGCUCAUCGACCAGUACUUUGCCAAACACUUGUCCCUGCCCUGGGAUGAUGCCGUACGCCUGCACAAGGAGUACUAUCAGAACUACGGCUUGGCUAUCGAGGGCCUAGUGCGCCACCAUCAGAUCGACCCGCUUGAGUACAACGCAAAGGUCGACGAUGCGCUGCCACUCGAAGGCAUAAUCAAUCCUAACCCCCAGCUUAGAAGGCUGCUGCAGGACAUCGACCGCAGUCAGGUACGGCUGUGGCUGUUCACUAACGCUUAUGUCACGCAUGGGCGGCGUGUUGUGCGACUGCUCGAAAUCGAGGACCAAUUUGAAGGCAUUACGUACUGUGAUUAUUCCAAGACGCCACUUGUCUGCAAGCCGCACGAGGCGGCUUUUGACAGGGCUAUGAAGGAGGCAGGGAUCCAGAAUGCAGAAGACUGCUAUUUUGUCGACGACUCCUAUUCGAACUGCCAGAGCGCACAGGCGCUAGGAUGGACGGCCGCACAUCUUGUUGAAGACGAUGUCACGCCGCCAAAGACUCAAGCGUCAAAGUUUCAGAUCCGCCACUUGGAAGAUCUGCGAACAGUGUUCCCGCAGCUUUUCAAGCCAGUGCCCAUCUGA